AUGCACGAAUUGAGCCUCACGCUCCUCCGUGAUGCGCCCUCCAGAGUUGCUGGGAUUAUCCUGACUGAACGCAAUGUGAGUUGGCCUUCAUAUGCAGACAGCUCAACAGAUGAAGCUGCGGCGCAUCCGCAUGGACUAACUGCUGGCACCAGGGUUGUCUAUUCCCUCGUCAUCAUCAACAAGGCUGGAGGCCUGAUCUACCAGCGGGACUUUCAGGCUGGCCUCCAGAAGCUCUCGACAAAUGACUAUCUCGUCUUCGCAGGCACCUUUCAUGGCGUCCAUGCCAUCACCCGCUCCCUUACGCCUGUGUUCCCUUACUCCGCCCCCGCUACGUCCAAUACCUCAGCAUCCACGAUACCCAUGACCUCCACACUACCUAAUCCCGGCCUUCCAAAGACAGGCCUAGAAGUCCUCGAGACGGAACGGUUUAGAUUGACGUGUUUUCAAACUGUGACAGGGACCAAGUUCUUGCUCUUCACUGAUCCGCUUAUGCCGAAUGUGGACAGUGUGAUUGCCAAGAUAUACGAGCUGUAUGCAGACUACGUGAUGAAGAAUCCCUUCUAUCAGCUGGAGAUGCCGGUGAGAUGCGAGUCAUUUGACAGGCAUCUAGCGACGUGGCUGAGGGGAAGAUAG